AUGCAUGAAGAUCUGGACUACCAGGAUCCUUUCGGGGCCUGGCACAGCAGCGAGUUGCUGGACAGCUCGCCAUGCCUGAAAUGUCUGGAGCUUCAUGGCGUUCAUGCACCAUGCACGCCUCCUAAGCCCCUUCCUGCAGAUGCGGUGUCACUUCUCCCUCGGUUGAUCAAGCCUGGGAUCACGGGUGCCCUCUCCCUCCAUGACUAUCGCAAGUAUCUGUCGCAGUCUGCAGAGUGCGUGGACGAUCCCGUCGAUCGCUCUGAGAAGACUCUCAAGCGCAAGACCGCAACCUCCAAUUUGAAUCGUCCACCACCGCUCACCUCGUUUUCUUCUUGUGCGAUCUCGGUGUCUUCGGUGGCAUCAAGCACCCCGCCAUUAUCGCCGUCGUAUUCUCAUAGCAUCAUCUCUUACCAGAGCGAGCAAGAGCCCGAGGUUUCAGAGGCAUCGACUGUUGUCCUUUCACCACCCCAGGGCCCACGAGUGCAUCUUGUCUCGGAGAACUUUACACGCCCUAGACCGAACCGGAAGCGAUUGAACACCUUCCGUGAGAAGCUUCAGAGGGAAGCACAGGCUCGGGGUCAGGCUCAACGACAAUUGCCUCAAUCCCGUCCUCAAGCCUCCACUCCGAUGUUGGCCAACACGCAGGCCGUUGCCACCAUCUCGCACGGUGGUGCCUCCUUUGAGAUCUUGAAUCCACGCAAAUCCCUUGAUGUGGCACGGAUUGUCUCCUUUAUUGAAGAUGUCGAUGGCUGCUCGCUUUUGUCUUAUGACCCCCACAGCGACUCGAUAGUCUCGUCCAAUCCAUAUUCGGAGGACCAGAGCUUUGAUGGAGUUUCCCUGUCGCAGUUCACCGACGCCUCUUUGCCAUCGCAUUACUCUUCUCCGUCUUUGUACGCUACCUCUCCGUCCAUGGGAUAUUCCACACCUAAACGGCAAACCGCCGAUAUCCCCUCGUCGUCACCUGGAGUGCACGACCGAGUCCGCUCACUCUCCGACUACUCCCUUCGCAAACAUGACUACUGGAUAACCACACGCCAAGAAGACAUCACCUCCUCAUCAAAGAAUAACCAGAUGCAACACGACCUAGUCAGCGAUUCAUCCGACCAGCGCACAGUGUCAGCCACCGAGCGCCCAGAAGAAACCGAACCCGAACCCGAACUUCUCCCAUCAGACCCCCAAUCCCCCUCUUCUCAACCAACCUUCUUCUCCGAAGAAAGCGACAUCGGCGAGCCGGGCUCGCCAGUCUACGCCAACGGCGAAUGGGCCCAAGUCGACGAGCGCGACCGAGGCAUCUUCCUGGACCCGCAACCCCCCUCCGCCCUAUCACCGGGGUACUCUGAGCCUCCAUCUCCAUACGACGUCUACUACGCAAACACAAUGUCCACAACCCUCCCCUCAACACCCUCCUACACUCAGCACUACGAUCCCUACGACCCCAUUUACUUCGACCCGCACGUCCAAUCCGUCCUGGCCGCUGCAAACGCGCAUGGAAUGGGAUUGCGCGGGAGCCCGGCGCGUGCCCUGGAUGAUCUGCAGCGCAGAUUUGGUAGCUCCGUUUCGCUGGGUGGGACGGGGUCGGGGGAUAGAGAUGGGAAUGGUGUUUGGCAGAAGGGGGAGAGGAAGGGAUCGUUUUCGCAGAGGACGAAACUGAGGAAGUUUUUCAGCUGGAGAUCUGGAAAUUGA